AUGCCCUCCUCCAUCACACUUACCGUCAACCACCUUCCAACAUCGACAUCCUUCUUCCUCUCUGCCCUACAACCACUGAACUACGUGUUUCGUGGCAGAGAAGAGCAAACAAUUGGCUUUGGCCCAAAAGAUCAACCUACUGCACUUGCAGAUUUCUGGAUCACACAAGAAAUCCCCGGUGUGCCAGCUGGCGCAGCACACGUCGCUUUUCCAGCCGCAUCUCGUGACCAGGUCCAGGAGUUCUUUUACGCUGCUCUCAAAGCCGGGGGCAAGAUCCACGGUGAACCCUGCCAGCGUGAUGCCUCAGGAUACUAUUCUGCCGCCGUGAUUGACUUUGACGGAAACUCGAUCGAGGCAGUCUAUCGACCUGCUCUGGACGAAGCAAACAAGGAGAACCUUCCCGACGAUGCGAAGACCACUGUAUCACGGAAGGCCGCCUCUGUGGCUGCAUCGGCUAAAGCACCAUCGACCGUCGCUCCUGCGAAAUCUACGGUUUCCUUCGCCAAAGCACCUACAGUCGUCUCCCAGGCACACAGCCGACCAGGUGCAGCCCCCACAGUUGUCUCUCAGGCACAAAGUAAAGCCUCGACGCAAGCCCGCAGUGUUACCGCGCCCUCUCGGAUCUCCGUCGCGACGGCCAAAACUGCCGAUCAAGCCGCCCCGAAGCCAAAACAAGGCGAUGUCCUGGAAACGCUCAUGCAAGAAGCUCGCAACGCAGCAACUGUCGCGCGUGAGCUGGUGAAUUCCGUCCGACCAAGCCUGAAGUCUUCGGAAUCUGCAGCCGAUACUGCCACAGGAAGUGGUGCUGGCGAAGCCAUUGUCGGUGCCACAAUCCUAGGUGUAGCCGCUGGAGCUGCACUGCACUAUGCAUUCAGUAAUCGAUCCAAGGAGACCCAAAGCAAUGACAAUGCUGACGCCGAACAGCGUCCGUCCGUGAUUGGACGCAGCAAGACCGAGCCGGCAGCACUCAUGAUGCGUCCUGAGUACGAGUACGAAUAUGCCUACUCUUCGGGAGGCAGUGCGGCGUGUUACGAAGGACCAGAUGGGCGGGUAGUCACCGUGUACAGAGCCAUCGAGCCCGCUCCAUCCGCGUACAGUGAAGGUAUUGGGCACAGGGUGAUAGAGAUGCACGACAACGAAGCCCGAUCCUCACAUCUUGCUUUGCCCGCGCCGUCACAUUCUGGGUCGAAAGCGGGAUCGCGUGCGGGAUCGCAGUACGCAUCGACGGUGCGUCCAACUAGCAGAUCGCGCAGAAUGAGCAUUGAUUCAGGGUUCGGGCCUGGCCCAAAUGAUCUACUAGCAGGACAGCAGGAGAAGACAGCAGGGAAGAGUGUGAUUUCGGUCGCGAGCAAAGGUAGCAAAGUAAGCGCAAUCUCGAAGAUGAGCAGGCAGAGCAAGAUGAGUGGCAUGACUGCAACCCCACCAACGAGUUAUCGUGCUCCAACGGUUUUGACCACCGCAGAUACGCAGGCCAGUGGCUCAAAAUCCAAGUCGAGGUCAUCCUCAAAGUCAAGAACUCGUUCGGGGAGUGUGAGUAGAAUUCUGAGUCGAAUCGGUGGCAGCGAAGCUGAUGGGCCUGCUGCUGACGAUGAAAGAAGGGGCCGAAGUCGCUCAAGGUCUCGAGUGAGCCACGAUAGUAGAAGAAGCAGGCGUGACGAUGUCGAUGGUGGAGAUGGAGAUGGUGCAAGAACGGUACUGCACGUCUCAGAGACGCUGAAACGUGUGGUCAGUCGAACGCAUUCGAUCAGCCGUGACGAGGCAGGCGGCUCGAGAGUAUCUCGCGUCUCGUCCAAGUCCAGACAACCUCAUGACUAUCCUCUUCCGCCAUCGCGAGCGGCGACCUGGGCGGGCGGGGCAGGCAGUGAGGCAGGUGGAAGCGGUGCCGGUGGCAGCUUCGUAUCUGCUCGGUCUCGGCCCAGCCCUGGCCUGGUCGUCAGUGCACCCAGGACUAUAAUCGGGAAGUUGAAUCCUUUGCGCGUCAGGGACUUUGCGGAUAGACACGAGGUGGACGAUAGCAUGUCGACGGUUUCGAAGCAGAAAGAUCUGGCGAAGUUGGACAUCCCGGAUCGUGAAGUGAGACCUGAGGAUAGCGUCAGUCAGAUCAGUGUGCACAGUACGCACAGCAGGAGGUCUGAGAAGGCCGGCAGCAAGGCCGGGAGCAGACGAGGAUGA